CUUUCCUCAAUCUUACGUUUCGCACGUGACCAGAAUCACCACAACAAAUCAAAUCAAUCAAAUCAAUAUUUACAUAAACCCUAAUUCCCAAACACCAAACAAGCACAACAAUGGCUUCUACUCACAUUUGUGCAAGCAACACUUCUUACAAAUCCUCAUUCACCAACAAACUCACCCAAUUCAACAACAACAAACAUUUUCCCCCAAAUCUUCACUAUCCAAAAUCACUGGUACCACCAAUUGCAUCCCUCAAAGUAGAUAUUGGAACACCAACCACAAAGGUAGAUGAAAGUGUGAAGAAGAAGAAGACGACGAAAGAAGUGAUCGAGGAAGAAGGGAAGUAUUUAGUGGGUACUUAUGCAAGGGCACCAAUUGUGCUUGAGAAAGGGAAAGGUUGUAAAUUGUAUGAUGUUGAAGGGAAUGAGUAUUUGGAUUUGAGUGGUGGAAUUGCUGUUAAUGCACUUGGCCAUGGUGAUGAUGAUUGGUUGAAAGCUGUUGUGGAACAAGCUGGUUUACUUACUCAUGUUAGCAAUGUUUAUCAUUCUAUUCCUCAGGUAGAACUUGCAAAGCGUUUAGUAGCUUCUUCUUUUGCCGAUCGCGUAUUUUUUUCAAAUUCUGGAACUGAAGCAAAUGAAGCAGCUAUUAAAUUUUCAAGAAAAUAUCACAAACACACAUCUACUGAAGGGAAAGUGCCCGCUACUGAGUUCAUAGCUUUUAGCAAUUGCUUCCAUGGGAGAACCUUGGGUGCACUUGCUUUGACGAGUAAAGUACAAUAUAGAACACCUUUUGAACCUGUUAUGCCUGGAGUGAACUUUUUAGAGUAUGGAAAUGCCCCGGCUGCUGUAGAGUUAAUUCGGCAGGGCAGGAUUGCUGCAGUUUUUGUGGAACCUAUCCAAGGAGAAGGCGGAAUAUACAGUGCUACAAAAGAAUUUCUACAGUCUCUGCGAAAUGCUUGUGAUGAAACUGGGACACUUCUUGUGUAUGAUGAGGUUCAAUGUGGUUUAGGUAGAUCAGGAUUUCUUUGGGCUCACGAGGCUUAUGGAAUCUUCCCUGACAUAAUGACACUUGCCAAACCUCUUGCCGGGGGCCUACCUAUUGGAGCUGUCCUCGUAACCGAGAAAGUAGCUUCCGCUAUAAAUUAUGGUGACCAUGGAAGUACUUUUGCAGGAGGUCCUCUUAUUUGCAGUGCCGCUCUUGCAGUUUUAAACAAAAUAUCAAAUCCUAAUUUCCUAUCUGAUGUAUCAAAGAAAGGUCUAUACUUCAAAGAACUACUAAAACAGAAAUUGGGAGGAAAUCCCCACGUGAAAGAGAUUCGUGGUGUGGGGCUCAUUAUCGGAAUUGACUUAGACGUGUCCGCGUCACCAAUAGUAGACGCUUGCCGAAAUUCUGGCCUUUUAGUAUUGACAGCUGGAAAAGGUAAUGUUGUUAGGCUUGUUCCACCAUUGAUUAUAACAGAACAGGAGAUUGAACAUGCAGCUAAUAUUAUAUACCAAACUUUGCAUGUUUUGGAUGGCAAUAAUUAAAAGUAGGAGAAAGUGGCUUUCUUUUCUUGCUUGAAGUUAUCAUGAAAAAAAUUAUGAACUUUCUUGCAUGAAGAUGUUGUGUUUGUUUUAAGAAUAUUGUUGCAAGGCUAUGUAAUAUUGUAUAAUAAAUAAUGGCAGAUCAAAUGAUUUUGCAUAGCUGCUUUCAUUUCAUGUCAGAAAUGCAUGUGGAUAUUUCUCCACCUGCAUGUAAUAACUGUGGGCUUUCUCA